AUGUCCCUGCUGUCCGACACUGUUCUUGCAGGAGGCAGUACCAGGCUGCAUAUAGCCGGACGAGGCCAGAAGAGCGCACAGGAAGUCCUCAGGAAGAGCAAGAGUCAUGGCAGCUUCCUUACACCUCUCGUCCAGCUGGUGAGAGACCCAGCAGGGACCCUCGGUAGCGCUAUCGGCAACUAUAAUGUGCCUGAUACGGAUGCGGCUGCAUCGGAAGCCCAUCGCAGACAAAUCCUGUACCUGCGCAUGAAAGACGCCGAAUCCUACGACGAAUGGAAAGCCGCAGCGACCGAGUUGGACGUGCUGGAAGGAAACGAGGCCUGGAAAGAGCAACAUGACUCACCAGAGUAUGACGCGGCGCUGGUCGCUGCUCGUUUGAGAGAGCUGGACCAUGCACGCCUCGACUGCGAUGUGAGGAGGAUGCUUUUUCUGAUACGGACCACGCUCACACGCGGAUUGGGCGACAUGGGCCAAUUGCGCUUGUACAAGCACUCGCACAUCGGGACCAAGAGACUGAUCGAGAGAUACAUUGAUUCGGCACAACAGACCAUGGCAGCCUUAUUGGACGUAUCGGCUAAGCAGGGAGAUCAGUGUCCCGUCGAACCGCGACGACUCGUAGAGCAGCUGCUUCAAACACGCCAGUCCUUUGGGCGUAGCGCAUUGCUGCUGUCAGGAGGUGGCACCUUUGGCAUGAACCACAUUGGCGUCGUCAAGUGCCUCUGGGAAGCCCGUCUACUCCCGCGCAUAAUCUCUGGAGCAUCUGCCGGGAGUAUCGUUAGCGCAGUAUUAUGUACCAAGACCGACGAAGAAAUCCCCGACGUAUUGCACGAGUUCUGCUACGGAGACCUGAACGUCUUCGACAAUCCUAGCGAAUCCGACACUGUGAUACACAAGGCCGUGCGCAUGUUGAAGUCAGGCGUUCUUUUCGAUAUAUCUCAUCUGAUGAGAGUUAUGCGGGGACUACUUGGAGACAUUACUUUCCAAGAAGCAUACAAUCGGACUCGACGCAUCUUGAACAUACCCGUGUCGACCUCCUCCUUAUACGAGCUACCCAGACUCUUAAACUACAUCACGGCUCCUAAUGUCAUGAUUUGGUCUGCAGUAUGUACUUCGUGCUCUGUUCCACUGGUUUAUAAGAAGGCAUCACUUCUUGCCAAAGACCCAAAGACUGGCAGGGAGGUGCCUUGGGAUCCAAAUCCUGACACGACUUGGAUCGACGGCUCCGUAGAUAACGACUUACCAAUGACACGCCUAGCCGAACUCUUCAACGUCAAUCACUUCAUUGUCUCCCAAGUCAACCCGCAUGUGGUACCGUUCCUCGCCAAAGAGGAAGAGAUUGUGGCCGCAGAAGCACAUCAGGGUACUACAGUUCCUGCAGGACCCAGCUGGCUGAGCACUGCGGCAAGCCUUGCUAGAGGGGAAGUGUUGCAUCGUCUGCAGGGGUUUGCUGAUAUUGGCUUCCUUCCAAAUAUUGUGACCAAAGCAAGGUCCGUCCUUAGCCAGCGCUAUUCUGGUGACAUCAACAUAUUCCCGAAGAUAUCGUAUGCAGAUUUCCCGAGAGUUCUGAGUAAUCCCACUACGGAAUAUAUGAUUGGAUGCAUGCUCACGGGACAACGGGCCACAUGGCCUAAACUUUCUAGGAUACAGAAUCAUGUUGCGAUCGAACUUGCUCUGGAUGACACAAUCCAGAAGCUACGAGCGCGUGUUGUCUUCUUCACUCCGAGCCAAGUAGAUCUGCGUCUCAACAACCUUGGCAGGCCACUAUCUCAUGGAAACGACCUUGCGCCUGUGCAUCGAACGAAAUCGGUACACAAAAUUACCCGUUUCAAACUCAAGACCGAGCCACCCAGUCCAAUUCUUCGGAAGUCGGCACCAACAAGCCCUCUUUUAUCAAGAGCCACCCUAAGGUCGCCAUUUCAAACCACCCCCAAGCAACACUACAAAUCAGACGCCUCGAAGCCUAGGUCCUCUGGAGCCUUGACCAUUGAUGCAAGCUCUCUAGAUGUCAUAUCGUCAUCUGCCAAUGAUUCGUCUGACCAAGACUACUUCGCGGAUCCAGAAUCGGACACCACGGAUGUCCUGUCCUCGCCUUCCCCCCCUACUUCGCCUUCUGUUCAAGGCCUUACCCUAUGGCCAUCAGUACGCCAAACACCUAUGAUUGCUGCUCCACAUCCUACUACCACAUACCCUGCUACACCUGCCGUUACCACCGCCAUCGAUCGUCGCACUGGCACCUUGCUCAACCUGGCCAUGACCUCAGCCACUGGCACCUCGCCAAGCUCACCAGAGCGGCGCUAUAAGCGACUAUUCCACCCGGACGGACCCAUCACGCCGGAACCAAACUCGGGCGCUUCGCGAUUGGAGCUGAGAGACAUAUCAACGCCUCCCCACACGGAAACAAAGUCGAACAGCAGGCCUGGCAGCAGGCGCGGCAGUGGGGGUGGCAACGGCUCUACUCUUGGCCUCACCCUCGACCAUUCGGGUACCAGGGGUAUGCUGUUGAGGAAAAAGAGUUAUAAGCAAAUGACUCCCGACGAUCCGAUGGAAUAA